UUGUGCAUAGCGCAUCCUUCUCUCGCCUUCUCCUCUUCAACUCCAACUCUUCAACUCUCCAACUCUCUCUCUCUCUCUUCUCUCAUUUCUCUCAUUUCAUUUCUUUUUUAAAAACUUGAUUCAGCAUGUCGUUCGGAAAGGUCGCAACACUCAACACCGGUGCCACCAUCCCUCUGGUUGGCUUGGGAACAUGGCAGGGUAAGAAGGAUGAAUUAAAGCAGGCGGUGAAGAUUGCGCUCCAGACCGGAUACCGCCACAUCGAUACCGCCUGGAUCUACGGCAACGAGAAGGAAGUCGGCGAAGCCAUUAAGGAGUCGAACGUCCCUCGUGAGCAGAUCUUUGUCACUACCAAGCUCUGGAACAACUCGCACCGUCCCCAGGAUGUCCAGCCUGCCCUUGAGACCUCGCUCAAGAACCUCGGCUUGGACUACGUUGACCUUUACUUGAUGCAUUGGCCUGUGGCAUUCAAAGCCGGCUCUGAGGCCAUUCCCAAGGAUUCGGAGGGCAAUAUCCUCCAGGAGGACGUUGACUUUACAGAAACCUACAAGGCCAUGGAGGACCUUCUUAAGACUGGCAAGACCAAGGCGAUCGGAGUCUCGAACUUCACGAUCAAGAACCUCACAAAGUUGUUGAAGAGCGCCAAGGUCGUCCCCGCCGUCAACCAGGUCGAGCUCCACCCCGAGCUCCCUCAGUGGGACCUUCUGGAGUUCUGCGAGUCCAAGGGAAUCCACUUGACCGCUUACUCUCCCCUCGGAUCCACUGAUUCGGCCCUUAUCAAGCGCGGUGAGAUCGCCGAGAUUGCAAAGAAGCACAAGAGCACGCCCGCGAACGUCCUGAUUUCCUGGGCUCGCCAGCGCGGUACCAGUGUGAUCCCCAAGUCCGUGACGGAGUCACGUAUCAUCUCGAACUUUAAGGACAUUGAGCUCGACUCUGAGGACUUGAAGACCCUCAAGGCUCUUACUGAGAACGAUCCUCCUCACCGCUACACCAACCCUGAGUCCUCCUGGGGCAUCAGCAUCUUUGGAUAAAAAGAAAAAAAAAAUCUGUCCAGCAAUCGACCUUGUAAAUAGAAAGCAGCAGUAACUUUGAAAUACUGUUAUAUCAAAGUAUAAAAAAAAUAAAAAAAAUUACAUGCCUGGAAUGGGAACACAAUCGAACCAUUUUUUUUUGGACUCAAGG